UUGAGCACAGACUGAGAAGGAGAGAUCCGAUAUCUGCUUCAUCCGAAAAGAAACUCUGUCUGAAGUUUUCUGCCAGAAUUUUGAACAGAAAAAAGUUGAACAGUGAAGAAAGUGAAUAAUGUAUUCUGCCGGGCUAGAGAUCCUUGGAGUUACUUUGUCUGUCAUUGGGUGGCUGGGUUCCCUGGUAGCCUGCAUCUUGCCCAUGUGGAAGGUAGCAGCUUUCAUUGGGCAGAACAUCGUGGUGGCACAGGUCAUCUGGGAAGGUCUCUGGAUGAAUUGUGUGGUGCAGAGCACUGGGCAGAUGCAGUGCAAGGUCUAUGAUUCCCUGCUAGGGCUUCCAGAUGAUCUCCAAGCUGCCCGAGCCAUGACAGUCGUCUCCAUCCUGCUGACAAUCGUGGGCUUUCUGGUCUUUGUGGCUGGAGCCAAAUGCACCAACUGCAUGGAGGACGAAGCUCGCAAACCGAAAGUCAUCAUCAGUUCUGGGAUCAUCUUUAUCAUUUCUGGGAUGAUGCAACUCAUCCCUGUUUCCUGGUCGGCCAAUGUUAUCACCAUGGACUUCUAUGAACCCCUCCUGGGCGAAUCACAGAAGAGGGAGUUUGGGCAUUCGAUGUACUUUGGUUGGGGUGCAGCUUGUCUUCUGCUCCUUGGGGGUGCCCUACUCUGCUGCUCCUGUCCACAACCGGAGCAGACAUAUAGACCAUCUAGAGUGGCUUACUCAGCUUCAAACAAUGUCACGACCAGUGUAUAUGACAAGAAGGACUAUGUGUGAGGGUCUUUCAGGAACUGAACCCUGGUUAGUUGUAAUGGAGUCCUAUCCUGCAGUGAAAUUAAUGAUGUAACGCACACUGAAAAAUCCCUAGUAGAAUUUUUAAACUGGUUGCUACUGGUUGAGUAUGGAGCUGCUAUUAUAUCUCCUCUGGGUAUUGGUGUUUGUCUUCAGCCUGUCAGCUGAAUGCAUGGCAGGUCCUGUAUAAAAGUAGGCAGUGAUUCCCAAUUUGACAUGGUCACCUCUUGACUGUUUUUUUCCCGUUAUCUGUUUCAAUAGCAGAGUUAGGUAUUGGUGCAACGUUAAAUUAUCCAUGCUUCUAUUAUGCCAGAUAAGCUGGGACAGACCAAGUAAAUGCUAGGUUGGGUCAAGGUUUUCUCAUUGCUAAUCUUGUUAUCUAUGUUACAUAGCACAAACAUUUUAAAAAGUCAAACUAACAGUUUGAUAUCAACAACACCUGAAAGUUCACAUUAGCUCCUAGAAGUACGGGUACAACACGUUAGGAACAGGAUCCUUUUAAUGGGAAAAUUAGCAUUAACUCUUUAAAAAGUUUUGGAAAAAAAUGGUUACCAAAAGCAAGUAUCAUAACUAAAAGCAGAAUUAAAAAUAGAAUUUUAGAUUAUGAUUACUAAAAUCUGUUAACUGGAGAAAUUUGAUUUAUAAUUGCAUUAAUCUGAUUGAUAAUUUUUGCAUGUUAAACCUGUCCAAAAAAGUUUAGUUUGCUUGAUAAAAAAAAAAAAAAAAAAACAAUUGUAUUGUCUAUUCAUGCAUUUGAUUUACUUGGGAAUUGAGAAUUUUCUUUAGAGAUUUCAUGUCUGAUUGCUAAGAGGGUGUUGUUUUUAAUAGCUCUAACCUCACAAUGUAAACUUAUAUAAUUUACAAUUGAGUAUAUAUCUUGUAUUAGACUUUCAUUUAAUGUAAUUAAAUCUGCUCUGUAAUUCAAUAUACUGUACUAACUUUUAACCCAGCAGUUUCAUAAGAAUUACUUUGCAAAUAAAUGAUUUGUUCCUGUCA